GAUUGUUGUGAAGAUGGCGGAGGGGGAGACAGAAAAGGAAUAUGAUACACGGAAAGCUACCGACGAGCUGCGCGAGCGCUUCCAGGGUUUGACCACGGCUUUGAAGGAGAGCUCGCAGUCGUCGCUGGAAGCCUCCUUGCAUUUCUGCCAGGAGUUCUGCCAGGUCCUGGUGGAACAUGCUGGCCGUUGGAAAACGGACGAAGAUCCACUGCCCUUGUUGCAGGUUUACACCAUGGCCAUCCUCAGCUUCGCUGAGGCUUCUUCCUGUCUCUCCUCCGAAUGUGAAAAUGGGCCACUCCUACUUGAAAAGUUAGCAUUGAGCUGUGCGGAGCUGCUACUUUUAAUGCCCCAGCAUAUUCCUGGUGCCUUAUGGGAGGAGUUCCAGUCCUCCAUGAAGUUGGCACACAACCUGUUGCUAGAAAGUGGGAGCACGCAGCUUUGUGCGCUCUCGGUUCUGGCACAGCAGGAUGGUGUCUGGGUCAACAGCACAUUAAACAGCAUCCUGUGCAAUCAGAUUCCUCAAACCGAACAAGUCCAUGAGUAUCUUGAAUUGGAGGGUCCCGCGCUUGUUAACAUGCGAAUAAAGCACCUUAUUCAAGUGGGAAGUAUUGAUAAAGCUGCUGUCCUGGGGAAGAUUUGCUCAGAGUAUCCAGGGUAUGAAGGGAAAGGGAACUUCAAACAGAUCUACCUGCUCUGCAUCUGCAUGACAAAAAGUCAGGAGCAGCUGAUGGAAGAGAUUUCAUCGAUAGACUGUAAAGAUGCUCUUGAAAUGAUCUGCAACUUGGAGUCGGAGGGCGAUGAGAAAGGAGCUCUGUGUUUGUGCACUGCCUUUCUCAAGCGGCAGCUGAUCCAAGGAGACGUUUACUGUGCUUGGGAGCUCACUUUGUUCUGGAGUAAACUACUCAUGCGAUUAGAGGCUUCGGCGGAUUCGUUUCUCAGCCACAGCAAAGCGAUGACGCUCCUCUGUGGGAAUGUUUGUCACAUUCUGUUUCUCAUCAAAGUCAUCCAAAACGAGGUUGGAGAAGUGGGGCUUCCAGUCUGCAUAGAAAUGUGCAUUCAAGCUCUGAAAAUGACCUCCGCUGAACAUAAAGACAGCAAGUCUACUAUCUACAAGACUAUUUCCUGCCUGUUGCCAACUGAUCUUGAGGUUAAGCGUGCGUGCCAGCUGACGGAGUUCCUCCUGCAGCCCACUGUUGACUCUUACUAUGCUGUGGAGUCACUGUACAACGAACCUGACCAAAAGCCUGAGGAGGACGGUAGUCUGCCAGUGCCCAAUUCUUUACGCUGUGAGUUACUGUUGGCCUUGAAGACACAGUGGCCUUUUGAUCCAGAGUUCUGGGACUGGAAAACACUGAAACGCAACUGCUUAGCAUUGAUGGGUGACGAAGCAUCCAUUGUCUCAUCUAUCGACACACUCAAUGACACAGAUGAACAGGAGGUGGAAAGUGCACUUGGCAAGCUGCCUGAAUACAAAGACCUGGAGGACUUCUUGCUAACAACUACAAAUGAACUCAAUGAAAUUACAGACGAAAAAGAAAAAAACAGAGAGGCAAAAAAACUUCGGGAGCAGGGAUUUGUGUCCGCUCGUUUCAGAAAUUGGCGAGCCUACAUGCAGUAUUGUGUUUUGUGCGAUAAGGAAUUUUUAGGUCACAGAAUUGUCCGUCACGCUCAGAAACAUUUCAAGGACGGGAUGUAUCUUUGUCCAAUAUGUGCAGAUAGUUUUGAAAGUAGGGAGGUUUUGGAACCGCACGUAGCAUCACAUGUAAAGCAGUCGUGCAAAGAGAGACUGGCAGCAAUGAAAGCUGCAAGAAACGUAACCAAACCAUUGCAGUCCCCUAAAAGUCCAUCCAAAAUUACAAAGGCCAAGACAAGCACGAGUCCUGUUAAAACGGAACCUCAGGCAGGUGAAAAUUUGACACCUCCUGUUAAAAUUGGACAAGCUACAUCUGACUCUCAGAUUAGUCAAGACUGUUUCUGUCCGGUGAAAAACUGCACAAAGGCUUUCAAGUUUUUCCGUAACCUCAUGGCUCAUGUUAGAUCUCACAAGGAUGAUGAGGAGGCCAUGAGGUUUUUAGAAAUACAGAAACAGAAAGUGGUGUGUCAGUACUGCAGAAGGCAGUUUGUUAAUGUCCGCCAUCUUAAUGAUCAUUUGCAGAUGCACUGUGGCAGCAAACCAUACAUCUGCAUACAGCUGGAUUGCAAGGCCAAUUUUAAUUCCAACUCUGAGCUUCUCAUGCACAGAAAAACCCACCCUGAAUUUAAAGCUCAGUGCAUGUUCCCAAACUGUGGCCAAGUUUUCAGCGAGGCCUACCUGUUAUAUGAUCAUGAGGCCCAGCAUUACCUUACCUACACCUGCCAAAUAGACAAUUGUGGUAAAAUAUUCUACUUACAAUCUGAGUUUUUGUCUCACCAAGAGCAUCACAGACCAAAUGAUGCCGUAAACAAUUUUAUUAUCGUGAAUCAGUCCCCUCCUAUAACGACAAAAGUAGAACUGCCAUCUAUGAGCACCCCGGUCAACGAAGACGCAUGUUCUGCUGUUUUUAGCUUUGAAAAAAACAAUACAGAUGCAAGUGUGAAUGAGGUAACUGCAUCACCGUGUAGAUCAGCUGAGGUUGCUAAAGAGGCCGCUCCCAUGAAAGUCAAGCACUCGAUUGAAAGCAUGUUGAAUUCAAUGGCAGUUCCUGGGAUAAAAGAACCUGAGAAAUGCUUCACUCCACUCACCAACCCCAGUCCUGCACCCUCUGAUGCAAAUCUUCCACCAGAUGUGCCACAUGUGCACCUUAAUGUGUCUGGGCAGGGUGAUAUAACUCCAGUUUAUCCUGUUCCCACUGCAACAAAUUCAACGGCUAGUCAACAAGCACACCAGCACAAUGUUGUACAAGGCAACAAAUUUAAGAAAGCACUACCAAAAAUAAUGUCUCCGAGUCAAAUCAAAACUGAAGUCCCUUGUUCACUGCAAGGUUAUCCUUCCAGUUCACUCAAUGUUACUGCAGGAAGUGAAGAAAAUCUGCACUGCUGUCCAAGUCCCGACUGUUCACGUGCAUACAGUACAAACAAAAGUCUGUCUAGGCAUGUGAAGAAACAACACCCUGAAAUAUUUGAAGAUUGGAAAUUGGCUAAGAAAUAUAAUAAAGUGGCUAGAAUUGCAGCUAAAAAGGGGAAGAAGUCAAAAAAGUCAUUGGUCCUAUGCAAAAAACCAGGAAUGGAGCGAAUGGAUUAUUCAGUGGGAAGCUCAACCUCAGCAUCCGAGUGUUAUCCUGGAUCAGUUGAGCCCGUGCCUAUAACUCCAAUGAUCAAUCCGACAGUAUACCCAUCCUGGGGGUGCCAUAACAAUCCCAAUGCAAUGAUGCAGUCAGACAUGUCUCAGCCAUGGCCUUCAAUGUCUAUGAAUAACUGUUAUCCUGAAACCUUCAAUAUGAGUGAGUACUCUCGCAACUAUCCUCACUGGCAGGCAGACGCUUAUCAAACCACAAUGCCUCAGCCUUCCGAGAGAGAUCAUUCAAUGGCAGCUACACACUGUUCCCCUGUGUCUCAUCCUCCUUCAGAUUCCAGUCUGAUGUCUCAGUAUGUGUCCAGCUCUCUAAUGCUCGACAAUGGUGGCCAAAUGCAUAACGGAGGAAAUCAGUAUGGACUUGUGCAAGCUACUGGUACUGCGGAGAAUGCAGUGGUGAGGAAAAGCAGUGCAAGUAUGAUAGGACCGUUGGAUAAUGGAAACAGUAUCUCAACAAUUGACAGCCUUCCUGAUGGAAGUUACCACACUUCGUACGCUCCAAGUGAAAACUCUUGUCUCACUCAGUCGUCAUCAGCUGAUGUUCCAGAAAAAUGUGGGAGCCCAGAGGUUAAAAUUCCAGUAAUAGAUACAAAUGAAAUAGUGAAAAUCGAGAAUGCAUCAACACCUGGUUUUGAACAGGUGGACAACACUGUAGAUGAGAUGCUGAGUCCAAACAGCGUCGUUCACACAGAUUUCCCUUAUGAUGAAGACUGUCCUAAUACUGACUGUCAAGCCACCAAUUCAGAUGAAAAAGGCAGUGAGCUUGACUCACAGAAAGGAAAGCGCAGCAGGAUAAGCAAGCGCACCAGGUGGCCAGCAAUCAUUAAGGAUGGUAAAGUUAUAUGCAGGAGGUGUUUUCGAGAGUUCACAAGCACCAAAUCUCUUGGAGGUCAUCUGUCUAAACGCUCACAGUGCAGACCUCUUGAUGAAAUUGACCUGACAGCAGACCUGCCAAUGUCGUUUUUGGAUUUCCUCAAUGACCCUCUUGUCCCUGAUGCCAACGGAUCUAUGUUCAACAUGCCAAAUGGAGAUUUCUCAGAAGAGUCAUGCAGCUUGACUACAUUUAAUACACCUAUGCUGUUAAAGCAGGAACCCCAAGUUGUAAAUAUAAUGGACCAAUCAAAUUCCUUCUCAGCUGGCCCUGAAGACCAGCAGGAGAAAGCAACUGACCUGGGUAAUCCUCCCCAUGCUGGACCGCACCGGACAGAUCACCAGGUGGAAAUGUCACAUGAAUUUCAAAAACCCGAUUUGACUGAGGCUGCACAAGAAAAGCUGCAAAAUUCUGUGUCCGCAGAACAAAAUGCUAGUCAAAGUCAGACAACUCCUCAAAUAGAAAAAAGUAAAAUGGCAAGAAAAAGUGAUGAAAAGCUUAUAGGAAAGGGAUCUAAACCUUUUAAAUGUGCACAACAUGACUGUGAGUAUUCAUUCAUGACAAAGGAGGCUUUAUUCAAACACUUGUGCAAAAUGCAUGAUUAUACCAAUGAAAUGAUUGAAGAGCUCAAAAGAUUCCCAUCUAGACUGGCCCCGUAUCCUUGUCAGGUUUGCUCAAAAACAUUCACAAGGAUGACAGGGUUGAGAAUUCACUAUGAAAAAGUCCAUCGGUUGUCAAAGUCAGAAAUGCAGAAGUUCAACAUUAAUGCUCGAGUUCGGCGUUCAUCCCAAACUACCAGCGAUGGCUCUUCAAACAACCAAGUAAGCACUAUAAGCACUAAGCAGAACAACAGUAGCACAGUGCAGUCUGUACCUGUAAUGCCUAUUGUAAAACAAGAACCACUUGACAUUGCGAUUGCACCUCCACCUGUCAUUGAACCCCCUCCAGGUGUUUCUGAAAUCACUUCAGAAGUUGCAGAGAAACAAGCCUCGACGCCUGAGAUGUCCACUGUUACACGACUACCAUCGCCCCAAAACUAUUUGAGCGAAAGCCCGCCUGACGAAGUGGCACCGUCAACUCCCGAAAAAGCUCCGGAGCCGCCUAAUGUUUCUGUCCCUAACAGUCCAGAUGUGAAAUUAAAAUCCAGUGUAAAAGAAAAACUGAGUCCUGUAGCCAAAGCAGAGGUGCAGCAAGAAACAUUAGAUGUGUCGCAGAAUAUAGCUCAAGAACCAAAGACGUCCACAGCAUCUGUUACAUCCUCCCCAGAGAAACCAAGCAGCUCUAAAAGCUCCCCAACCAAGGAGAAGAGGAGAGGGAAAAGACAGAGAAAGUUGAGUCUAAAAAUGUGUGACGCAGACAAUGCCUUCAGUCCAUACAGACCCUAUCGCUGUGUUCAUGAAGGCUGCACUGCAGCGUUUACCAUCCAGCAAAAUCUGAUUCUCCAUUACAGAGCCAUGCAUCAGGUGUCGCUGCCCCCGAGCAAGGCUGAAACUGACACCGAAAAGCCAAGUGAUACUAAUGAGCAGGAAAGCAGUGAGAGCAUAGUAACAGAUGCUGAAGUCAGGUGUCAGGUGAGAAAUUGUUCCAGGGUGUUCAUGGGAAUCACAAAAUUAGUGCAACAUUACCUCUUACUUCACAAGUUCACGUACGACAAGGCCACCUCCAUGAUGGCCAGCAUGGCCAUAGGAAUUUUUAACUGUGAUCGGCCAGAAUGCGCUCUCCCCUUCAGCUCUGUGGAGACGUACAUUGAGCACAUUAAGAAUUACCACAAAGAAAUCGCCGUCUCUGAGAGAGGCUCAGUUGAUACAACUUUCCAGUGCCAGUAUGAUGGGUGCGACCGUGUGUACACUACAAAAUCGAACCUCCUCCGCCACCUGAUCAAGAAGCACGGUUAUGUUUAUGACCCUAAAGCAAACGAUGGACGGCGGAAUAAAUCAAUCAUACUCUUUCCAGGAAUCAACAGCGGGAAAGAGAAUGUAGAAAACAAAAUCAAAGUGAAAAAGAAGAAUACUAAGAAGAAAGAAGGGAAGUCCAUUGAGCACUGGACUUGUUUUGGCAAGCCUACACUAAAAUCUCAUGAAGAGGCGUCGGCUAUGUGCACCAAGAAGUCACCUCUGCAGUACCCGUGCAUGAUUAUAGGCUGCGAUGCUGUAGAACGAGCUGAAAAGAGCAUUUUUAAGCAUUACACCACUCAUGGUCUCACGGAACGAUACAUAGAAGAUCAGAGGAGUCAGUUCAUUUUCUGCAAAAAGUACUCGCGCGCCAGAUUCAAGGAUGCAACUAAAGCAGAAGGGGCGUCGAGUUCUUCCGAGGAGACGGAGGAGACGGAGGCAGACGAAGGCGAAAAGCCAAGCGAGCAGAAAACGAAGGAUCCAGGAGAGACGAGAGAAGCAGAGGAACCGAUUGUGGAAAAAGUGGUCCAAGAUGCAACAAGCAGCAAUCUGGUGCAAAAUGACAAUAAGCUGCCCAACGACGAUAGUCCAGAAUCUCAAGAAUCGCAAACUUCCAUUGGGACAGAAGUUGGACCUAAACGAGGCCGUCCUAGAAAACCUGCACAGCCUACACCAGCAUGUCCCGAGAGGAUGCUGACCCUUAGAAACCGCUCGACUGUUACCAGUUCAAGAGAGAACUCAAAUCCUGGUACCCCCACUUCCCAAGAGCAACAUGACGAAGGGGUUGCGCCGCAGCCUUUCAAGUCUUUAGGACUUGAGGACUCAUUCCUUAAGCUCUUGGGAACAGAGUCAACAAACUCUCCUAAACAAAAAUUAAACGAGACAUCCAAUGCUGAAGCUGAAGUGCCGCCUAAACGGAAGAAAGCUUACAAACCGAGGUUUGCAAAGCGAAGUAAAAUAACUAAUGACAUUAAAGACUGUGAUAAUUUUAUAGACUUUAGAAACCCCUUAAAGCUGACAUCUGGGAUUAAUGUAAAAAUAGUUCUGGACAAAACUUUUUUGGAUGGUGCUGAAAGUUCACUUAAGCAGCUACAACACAUGAAGCCCACAGUUGUUAUUAAAAGGUGGCUUUAUAGUGCAUCAUAGCCCAAUAUUUAGUUUUCCACUCGGUCUUACUCAGGAUUGGAGACAUUAUGCUGCAGAAUGGUUUAUUUCUUAAUGAAUCAGAUUUCCAACCCAACAGUCGUGGUCACAGGUGACAAUUAAAUGGCCUAUUUUGUACCUAAUCAUGAUAAAACAGUUGUCUGAUGAUUUUAAGUAUGUAUGUUAGUUAUAAUAACCAGGUAUUCUAUAGGGCAUAGAUUUUAGAAACAUGUUUGUAUUUAUGCUUAGUACUGAAGAUGUUUUUUUUUUUCUUCUUUUACUAAAUGGACACUUUUAAAGAAAACUGUUUUUAUAUAUCCCUAUGGGAUUUCAAGUUCUGUUUGUAUUUAUUUCAUCCCUUUUCAACACUAGUAGACCUAUCUGUAAUAUUUACAUGUCUUCCACAAAGUGUUCAAUAAAAUGUU